CGUCAUCUAGUGGCCACCAGAGAUAGAAGUGGAAAAACAGCUCUACAUUAUUGCACAGAAAACAGAGAUAUAACUUGUGCUGACCUCAUCUUGAAAACUGAACCCAGCCUGAUAAACGUAAAAGAUGAAGAAGGCUAUUCGGCUCUCCACCUUGCAGUAAUUUGUGGUAACAAGCUUAUGGCAAAAUAUCUAAUUGACAAGGGUGCUGACGUCAACAGUGUUGACAAUGAAAUGCACACGUGCGUCCACUGGGCAACAGUUUGUGGUGAACUGGAUUGUUUAGAUAUAUUGAUGGAUGCCGGUGGAAACCCUGCUACACCAGACAUCCACGGGGCUUAUCCUAUCCACUACGCUGCCCAGAUGUGUGGGCCUAACGGUGAGAUGGGCAAUGAUGUGACGCUAGGCCUUGCCGUUCUCCACAAGCUUCUAGCCCGAGGUGUGGACGUCAAUGUUAAAGAUAAAGAUGGCCGCCAACCACUGUUGUGGGCAGCGAGUGCAGAGCCCAGACCUAGUAAAACGUCUUGUUCCUCAGAAAGCAGUGACGCCAUCGUUGCCUUGGUGAACGCUGGAGCUUCGGUGGCGGCUGAAGACAAGGACGGUUUAACAGCUCUGCACUGUGCAGCUAGCCGUGGGCACGUGGACUGCCUGGAAACCCUGAUAAAUCUGUGCGGUGCUGAAGUUGACAAUAUCGACAGUAACGGCUGUACGGCCUUAUUCUUCGCCGUCACCUUGGGUCAUGCUGAUUGUACUCAGCUAUUACUCCAACAUGGUGCCGACCCUAACCAACAGGACAGGAAGGGAAGAACAGCUGCCCACUGUGGAGCUUCCAAGGGACAACUGGAGACUUUGAAGAUUCUGGAGUCCAAAGGGGGUAACAUGUGGCUGCCUAACAUGCGUGGAGAUUUGCCGCUCCACGAAGCCGUCCAAUCGGGCAGAAAGGAUCUCGUGCUGUGGUUGCUUUCUGUAAACCCCAACGCUGUUAACGCUCAGAAUCUUAAUGGCCGAACAGCACUCCACAUCGCAGCCAUUACCGACAAUGUUGAAAUAUGCAAAAUUCUAUUGGACCAUAAAGCCAACAUAAACCCCAUCUUACAGACAACUAAGUUAGAAAAGGCUCCAGGACAGGGAGUCACUCCAUCAGAAGAAAGCUUGGCUUCUUCUUUGGUCAACAAGAUCAAUCACUUCAAUUUGGAAUCGACACUUGAUGAGAGAAGAACGCGUUCAGAGUCAGUGCAAACAGACCAGAGCAAAGGAGACAGAAGAGAUGUAGAUGUUCAGGUUCAUAUGUCUUCUCCAGAUAUCCAAAGAGAUUUGAACAUUGCCGAUAACAAAGAAGUCGAACGACAAUAUUAUUUAAAGGAGAGUGUGGAGAAGACUUCUUCUGACAGUACGACAAGCAGAAAUGGAGGAGAGAAGAAACGAGUGAGACAAGCUAUUAUCACCAACGUGUAUGUAUCUGCUUCCGAUGAUAAUAACAAGAAAAAGAAGGGGAAACAAAGGUAUGAGUCUGAAGAUGAUGAAACGUCAGAUGAAGACAGUAUAGAUGAUUCCCACAGAAGAAGAAUAAGGCAUCAAACUACAAGAAGAAAGGUGUCAUAUAAAAAAGUAGAUGAUUCUGAUGGCUCUGAGGUGCAUGAAGAUAAUGAAAAUAAUAGUCUUAGAAAAUCAAAACAGUCAAGAAUAAAUAAAAGUCACAAGCGAAUGAUUAGAUACAUCGAGGAAGACAGCAGAGAACAAGAUGAAGAUUACAGCGACAAUAAAAUUAAAUGGCGAAAUGAAAAACAGAAAAUGAGAAAGGAGCGUGAUACCCCAAAUAGUGAGGAAGAUGCGAAUGAAAGCGAGUUGGAAUACAUUCGCAAAGAAACUGGUGAAACGGAAGAUUCAUCAGAGAAAUAUAAGUAUGAUGAAGGGGAACGCGAUAAAACAAGUAACGUGGAGGUAGAAAAUUAUGAAGAGUACGAAGAAAGUAUGAAAGAAAAAGGAGGAGCUGAAGUAAACAAAAAUGAUGGUAAUAUUAGCACAAACGGUACAGGUGAGUUGAAAGAAAAUAGGAAAGAUCAAACACUAGAUGAAAAGUACAAAUCUCAGACGAGGUCUCUUGAAGAAAAAUCGAAUGAGAUUCUAUCAAACAUUCCAACAGCUGACUUAACAAGACCAUCUCUGAAAGUUAUACAAGAAUCUGAAGAAUCUAAAAUUCAGGAAAACAAAGAAAAUGGCUUAUCAUCUUUAGUAAAAGUAAGCGAUAAGGUUGUAUCUUCUGAAGAUGAAGAUGGCGUAUCACCAACUAUUGGUGAAUACAAAACAGUCAAUAGUCGAAAAUAUGUUACACCGAAAGAUCGGAAAUCAAAUGUUUCUCAUGUUAAAUCGAGACUGGAUACUAGGACAGUCGCUCCUCGGAACAAGAGACCCAGCAAGUUUUCUUCGGUAGAAAUUUCGAAAGAAAAACCUAAUGAACCCCGUCUUUUACAGGGUAACUGCCCUUCAAAAGAAGUUUUUAUUGAUGAAGCGAUGCAGAAAAAUCAAAUAAGACUUUUGCCGAACCAAAGAAAGAUGCCAAAAAUUAAGAGAAACGACGAAAAAACAUCAGACAGGCUAGUAAGAGUAAUAGAACCUGAUAAAAAUCCAGCCAUGUGUACUUGUAGCACUUAUCGAUGUCAUCAUGCUUCAGAAAUUUAUAGGAGUCGUCCGGUAAAACCAUCAUUCCCAAAACCUGAUGUUCCUGGCAAAUUUGUCUUACCCAUUAUUUCCCCUCCAUCUAGCGGAGGUGCGGUCUCUGGUGAAUUAAUCGCUACUACUCAGGAGUCCUCUGGUAAUCCUUCGGGAAACAAAUAUCAGUCUUCAACAAACCCUAUUACAAUGACUAAGAUACCCCAAAAUGUAGGAUCCACGAAAGUCAGUCACGUAUCUGCGCCUCUUGGUGCCACAAAAACAUCAGAGUUGAAAAAUGGUGACUUGAGAACAAAAAUGGACAUUUAUAAAAACGUUCUGAAACAGGCAGACCAAGUCAAUUAUGAAAAGAAAUGUGUGUUAAGCAAAGGUUGGACAGACGAUGUUACACAUAAACGUUUAGGCCUCAGUGAUUUACGACUCCAAACCACCCAUGAAGAAAACGCUGAUAUUAACACAAGAGAUAAAAAUCGGAACAAUGCAAACAGUUUUAUAGUUGGCAAAGUAACAACUGAUUCGGUUUCUGAUUACAAUGAAAUUCCCGAUGGUGUGAAAACAAAACAAAAGGUGAGUGAAGGAUCCAAGCAACUUAUUAAUCCCGACAAAAACCAGGAAAUAGCCCUAGGACUUGAGGGAGCAAACGUAUCCUUUGAGAAAGAAGAGAGAGACAAAGAUGCUGAAACAGUAGGCGAUUCUGUACAUCGAGUAAUGAGUGCUAGCCUCCAGAAUGGCGCCCAUCCUUCAGACACUGUCACAGUUGAAGUAAGCACCGAAGGUUCUGCUACAAAAUACACUCACGUUACAACAGUCGAAGACCUUCUUCAAGCAACUGUUCCUCUGAAACAUGACUCGGAUGAAAUAUCAAAACAACCUCUGAAACUGGGGGGUAUGCUUGAUCUAGAUUACAAUGGUCCACUCACGUUUGAGAUCAGGCAUGGCCAAGAAAUAAAUGUUUUUGAACUUCCAACAGACAAGCUACAUGAUAAUAAAAAGUGGCAAUUGACUUUUACUAUUGGCAAGAAAGAACAACUUCAUGCUAGUUAA